AUGAAGAAGUUCCAGUCAUAUUUCACGCCCUCAGGUGGCAAGGAGGAGGGGAAAAAGGAAAACAGCGGCGCUGGCAGCGGCGGCACCACCGGUGAGAAACCGCCAGCACCUGGCACUCGAUCAAAACUGUCGACUUCUAAGGCAACAUCAACACACCAGCUGCAACCGAUCCAUCCACGACAAGGAAGGGAUUCGGGGGGAUCCUCUGCUUCCGGCCCGCCAAUACCACUCCCAUCCACCGUUUCGGACCUCAAUGGCCCGGCCUCUGCCCGCGCGAGCAUGCUCUCUGUUCCAGGUGUAGCCACCCCGCAGCAGCAACAAGCAACGAGCCACGGCCUACACCCGCCUGAAGCACUACCCUCGACGACAAGAACCAGCCCGAAUGCCUCCCGCGCGCCGUCCCUCCACCACUCCUUCCUCCCGCCCCACGACGCGCGCAGCCGCGAUGCCGACACCAUCAACGAGAUCCGCAACGACAUGAUGGUCAACUGGCUGUACGAGCAGCAGCUGCGCAAGCAGUACGCCUCCGGCCUGGACCCGUACGAGGGCGUCGUGCUUAAAAAGGCCCGCGGCACAUUUACCUGCUGUCCGCCGCAGAUGGCCGCCAUCCCGGACUCGCUGUACGCCGUUGUGUCGCAGAUGAAUGUGCGCUGUGCCAUGACCGUCCACACCCCCAUCGUGCGCGCCUUGCUCGACUCCAUCAUCCGCAAGACCGACCUCGACCACGUGCCCCUGCCGGACGGCCUGCGUGUUCAGGUCCUGCACACCAUGGCCGACUUGCCGCGCGGCCAGCUGCACCAUUUUGCGGCGUUUGUGGAGGACGUCAGGAUGUUGGUUGUGUGGGAUGAUGAGCCGGAGAAGUUGCUUGGCCGCGUGCAGACGCUGGAGGCUCGGUUGAUUGAGAUGAUCUGGGGGAAUGGGGAGGAUGAUGCGGGCGAGGACGAGGAUGACAGGGAGAAGAAGGGUGCCAGUGCGGGUGUUGCUGUGCAGGAGCUUGACCCGAGCCAGCUGGAAGAGGCCUUGGAUAAGGAGCAUAGGCCGGUGCGGUUGGAGAGUGCCUUCAUGGUGGCCCUCACUAUGGCACUGUGGAUUGUGUGCCCUGCCUUGGGCUGGCGGUGGCUGGCGUAUCAGACUGUGGUGGAUGGGACGUAUCUACGGUUUGCGCUUUUGGCAGCGUGUCCUGCGCAGUUGUUCGUUAGCUUGUUCUUCUUUCAGUCGAUCAUUACGAGCCUGUUCCAGGUCUUUGGCCCCAUCUCGGCUGUCGCCAGCAACAGCAAGUACUACAGCGGCCGAGCCCCCCAUCGUCUUGACCGCGCCCAGGGCACACUGCCGCACGUCACGAUUCAGAUGCCCGUGUACAAGGAGGGCCUCGCGGCCGUCAUCAAGCCCACAGUGGUAUCACUCAAAGCCGCAAUCAGCACAUACGAGAUGCAAGGCGGCACCGCCAACAUCUUUGUCAACGACGACGGCAUGCAGUUGAUCUCGGACGAGGAUGCCCAGGGGCGCCGCGACUUCUAUGAUGAGCACAACAUCGGCUGGGUCGCACGCCCCGCGCACAACCCAAACCCGGAGGCCGGCUCCGAGGAGAAGCGCUUCCUGCGCCGCGGCAAGUUCAAGAAGGCCAGUAAUAUGAACUACGCGCUGCACGUCAGCAACCGGGUCGAGGACAAGCUGGCGGCCGUGCAGCGCGGUAACAAGUGGGAUGCCGAGCGCGAGAAUGCUGCGUACCAGAGUUGUCUGGCGGAUGUUUUGCAGGAGGACGAGGGUCGCACCUGGGCUGAGGGCAAUAUCCGAGUCGGCGAUUACAUCUUGUUGAUUGAUUCUGAUACGCGCGUGCCGCACGAUUGUUUGUUGGAUGCGGUCAGCGAGAUGGAGCAGAGCCCGGAGGUCGCUAUCCUGCAGUAUCAGUCGGGUGUCAUGAAUGUGACGAAUUCUUUCUUCGAGAAUGGCGUCACCUGGUUCACCCGCCUCAUCUACUCCUGCAUCACCUUUGCUGUGGCCUCCGGCGAUGCCUGCCCCUUUGUCGGCCACAACGCCGUGCUCCGCUGGCAAGCGCUACAAGACGCGGCCUCUUUCACAGACGAAGAUGGCUACGAGAAAUACUGGUCUGAGUCGCACGUCUCGGAGGACUUUGACAUGUCACUGCGCCUCCAGGUCGCCAACUACACCCUUCGCUAUGCCUCCUACACCGGCGACGGCUUCAAGGAGGGCGUCAGUCUGACCGUGUACGACGAGCUCGCCCGUUGGGAAAAGUAUGCCUACGGCUGCAACGAGCUGCUGUUCCAUCCACUGCGGUUCUGGGUUGUCCGCGGGCCGUUUACGCCGCUGUUCCGCCGGUUCAUCGCGUCGAGCAUUCCAUUCCCCAAGAAGAUGACGAUUCUGGCGUAUAUCGGGACUUACUACGCUAUUGCGGCUGCGUGGCUCCUGACGCUGGCCAACUACUUUAUUACUGGGUGGUUUUAUGGUCUGUACGACAAGUAUUAUCUCGACUCGUUCGCCAUCUACAUUUCCAUAAUUGUCGUUUUUACCGGGUUGGGUAAUCUCGCUUUGGCUGUGUUGCGAUAUCGUCUAAGCGAGCAGUCGCUUUUGUCAGCUUACUUCGAAAACCUCAAAUGGAUCCCCAUGUUCUGCAUAUUCCUCGGCGGCAUCUCACUGCACAUGUCGCAGGCCAUCCUAUCGCACUUCUUCGAGAUCGACAUGGCCUGGGGCGCCACGGCCAAAGAGCUGGAGGAGGUCCGCUUCGGUCCCGAAAUCCUGCGCAUCAUCCGCCGCUUCAAGUGGACGUUCCUGUACUGCUUCGCCUGCACCGCCCUCAUGAUCUGUGGCAACACCGUGUUCCCCGUCCAGUGGCGCAUCGAGACGCUGUAUAGUAUCUAUCCGCUGGCGGCGACGGUGGUGUCGCAUUUUGCGCUGCCUGUGUUGUUGAAUCCGGCGCUUAUGAUGUUUACUUGGUAA